UUGCUGACCAUCCAUCCGCUCUCCAAACGGUUAUCAACUUAUCGUCCAGAGACGACCUGAAAGCAAUACAGUUUCCUCUCUGGUCGCUGGUACCUGUCUGCCGCCGCCUAUUCGUCCUGCUCGGAGGAUCUGUCCCGCGCCAUCCUUAUCAACUCGACUUUCCUCUCUCGGCCUCACAUCCCACCGACCUCGAGUUUAAUCCCUGCUCCUCGUAGCUCUCAUUCCCGCUCCGACAACCCGAGAUCCCCUCAUGUCUCGAGGUUACUCUCAAUCCUUGGCUCUCCGUGACCUUUUGCCAAGAUAUGCCCGUUGAUGUCCACCUCGCCAGCAUCAAGUUUCAGUGAUAUCAUCUGCUUGAAAUAAAACAAAAAAGUAAAAAAUAAAAAGGAGAGAAAAAGAAAAUGUCCAACCCCCAGAUCGUAUUCCGCCAAACAACCUUCACGGCCCCGUCUCUGCUCCUCUCCCGCCGCCGUACCAUUUCCCGCACCACCGUCCAUGCCCAGCUCGACCAGCUCCGCGCCAACGGCCAGUACGACUGCUUCAAGCUCGGAUGGCACCCCAUCUACGACGACAAGUCGCGCUGGCCCGCGCCCCUGCAUCUGUUCUGGGACAGCGAUGUCGCCAAGUGGAUCGAGGGCGCCUGCUACUUUCUGGCCGACGAGUACGACGUGGAAGUCGAUGCUGCCGUGCGUGAGCUGGUUGAGAUGAUUCGGGGCGCGCAGCACGACGAUGGCUAUCUCAACGUCCACUUCUCUGUCGUCGAGCCGGGGAAGCGAUGGACUAAUAUCCGUGACAUGCAUGAGAUGUAUAAUGCCGGGCAUCUCAUCGAAGCGGCCCUCGCGCACUCGCAGUACUACAGAACCGACCGCCUGAUGGAGCCGAUCGAGAAGUACAUUGCCCACAUCCGCCGACGCUUCGGCCCGGGGGACGGCCAGCUGCGGGCGUACCCGGGACACCCCGAGAUCGAGCUCGCCCUCCUGAGGUUCUACUCGGUGACGGGACUCCGGGACGCAUACGACCUCGCCCGCUUCUUCCUCGAAGAGCGCGGGAGCCCCGCGGGCAAGGAAGGCAAGCACUUCUACGACUGGGAGGCGGAACAGCGCGACGAGCCGCGGUGGAAGCGGCCCAACUCCUGGCCGAUGGACAGGUCCUACUGGUACUGCCAGGCCCACGCGCCCAUCCUCCAGCAGCCCUCCGUGGAAGGCCACGCCGUCCGCGCAAUGUACCUCCUCACCGCCGCCGCCGACCUGCUCAACCUCUCCCAGACGAGCGCGCCGUCGGCGGAACUCCGACCCCUGGCCGCCGCCGCCGACUGGCUCGCCGCCCUGCGCCGCCUUUGGUCCAACAUGGUCGACAAGAAGAUGUACCUCACCGGCGGCGUCGGCGCCGUGGCGCAGUGGGAGGGUUUCGGCAUCGACUACUUCCUCCCUCAGGGCGCCGACGAGGGCGGCGGCUACGCCGAGACGUGCGCCUCGGUGGGCGUCAUGAUGCUCGCCGAGCGGCUGUUGCACGCGGACCCGGUGCUGGACGGGCGGUACGCCGACGUCAUGGAGCUGUGCCUGUACAACAACGUCAUGACGGCCAUGAGCCUCGACGGCAAGGCCUUCACGUACGAGAACCAGCUCGCGAGCUGCGCGGCCGCGCCGAGCGAGAGGGAGGACUGGUUCUGGUGCGCGUGCUGCCCGCCGAACGUGACCCGGCUGUUUGGGAGCCUGGGCGGGUACCUGUGGGACUACGGAAGCGGGGAGGGGACGGCGUGGGUGAACGUCCACCUGUACACGAGCGCCGAGGUCAGGUUCCCCGCGGGGGAGGCCGAGGUGACGCUUUCGCAAAAGUCGAACUGGCCGUGGGAGGGCCGCGUCUCGUUCCGGCUCGGGGGCGCCCAAGGCCUCGAGAUCAAGAUCCGGCUCCGCAUCCCGGCCUGGGCCGAGGGCGGGUUCACCCUCACGCCCGCGCCGCCUCCCGGGGCGUCCGCGCUGGAGAGGGGGUACCUCCACCUGAGCCCGGCGUACACGGCCGCCAACGCCGCCUUCACGCUCGACGUCGGUGGCUUCGCGCCGCGGUACGUCGCGCCUCACCCGUACACGAACCAGCGCACGCUGAGCCUCGCGCGGGGCCCGGUCGUGUACUGCGUCGAGGACGCCGACCACCCCUGGGAGAAGAACCACUUCAAGGACAUGGCGCUGAAGAGAAGGGGGGAGGUCGAAGAGGAGUGGCGGGUCGACCCGGAAAGCGGGGAGGGAUAUUUCGCACUGAAGACGGUCGGGUGGGAGAGGUCGCCGGAGGCACUGGAGAAGGGCGAGGAGGGCAUCAGGAGGGAGCUUGUCUUUGUGCCGUUCUAUUUCAGGGCGAACAGGGGCGGCAAGGGGCAGAUGAGAGUUGGGCUUAGGGAUGACGGACGAUGAGGCUCGGAUAAGUCUAGACCGCGCUGCACAUAUGUAUCUGGUUUCCUGGCUUUUACGGUAAUGAGCUGUAAACAAGGUAUGGACUUGUUUUGAUUUUGGAUCAGGUUCCUGGCUUUAAUGCCUUAACAAUACGGGAGGCCCAGUGAAAGCGGCCGGGGAGGGCAGGUCUGCAGGCCUUGCGUAAAGCCAGCCAGUCCUCGGCUUCGCUCAAUCAUGAGGUUUUCAUUCAUGUUUCCAGGAACUUGGAAGUCGAUUCCAAUAUAUUCUAAAAGUGCUCCAAAGGUCCAAG